AUGUUACUCAAUCAUUGGAGGAAAACUUUCAUUGAUAUCGAACUAUUAAACACAUGGUUACCAUCGAUCAAGCAGCUUGUUAUAUUGAACGCAGAUUAUUAUCAAUAUCAACUUGUUCAACCAUUAUUAAAACCUUUGGUUUCUGUUACCAAUACAUUACAACAUUUGCAUCUGGUAUUUGAAAGACCUACGUAUUGGUAUCCUUCAAUACUUUCUGAACUCAUUCAUUAUCAUAUAUCGGUUCAUACUAUGAUAUUAGAAGUUGAAAAAGGUGAAAAUGAAAAAAAAUUUCGAGGUGAAAUAACUAGCUAUACAUCUGCGACUGCUAUUGGUGAAAAGAAAAAUAUUAAUUGUGAAUUACCACAAUGUUAUAGUCCAAAAUAUAUCGAAGCAGCCUGGUAUCCUUGGUGGGAAAACCAAGGUCCAGAAUAUUAUGAUGAACAUCCUCCAUCAAAUGCUUCAAUACCACGAAAAAAUUUUAUUAUGGUUAUUCGACCACCAAAUGUAACUGGUUAUCUUCAUUUAGGUCAUGUUAUAAUGUGUACACUUGAAGAUACAAUUUCUCGAUGGCAUCGUAUGUGUGGUGAUACAGUUCUUUGGGUACCUGAUUGUGAUCAUGCGGGUAUAGCAACACAAGUUGUUGUUGAAAAAGAAUUAAUGCGAGAAAAAAAUUAUCAAGACAUGAUUUGGGAAGAGAAAAACUUUUAG